GCUGCUGGUCGUUGAUGCGUUUCAGCGACCGACCGACCGAACGGGCGGGUGUGAAAUUGAUAGGUGUUUCAUACGUAUAGUUAGACAGAUAAAUUCACUUCCGCUGCAUGCGUGAGGAGGUUGAGAUAAAGCCGAUAUUUUUUGUGUGUUUCUUUUAUGUUGGCGGCUGGCUGAACGCCCGCGCAAACUUGUGAUAAAACCAUGAAUGCGAAAAAAAGUGAACGACUGCGAUUAGCUGCUACUGCUUCAGGAAUGCUGCUCUUGCUGGUGAUUAUUCAAUUGGGCCAAGCACAGCGGAUCAUUGGUGAACGUGUGUACGAGCCCACCAUCUCCGACCUCUAUCUCACGGUCAACGCGCGCCAUCAAACGCUGGAGCUGACUUGGCGAAACUUUGUCGACCCGGACGGAUUCAUUGUGUUGACGGAAGAUGUCCCCAUCAGCGGCUUUCAGCAGAAAUUGGUCUACGACAGACGAAGUGACGAAGUGAUGGGCAGUGGCAGGCCAUUCUUCGUCGACAUCGGGGACCCUCGCGGUUGGAGAACCUGGCAGGAGUCGUCAACAACGGAAGAACCAUUGAUUGCCACCACGCAGAUGGUGGAAAUUGAUUGGGAGUAUGACGUUCGCGACGAGUACGGCCAACGGAAGAAGGAGGUGCUGUUCGCUAUUAAGCCGAUGUUCGAGAACGGAUGGACGAUGACGGAUAUAAUUUUCAAUCGAGAGCUGAUGGAGCGGGUCGACAUCACCACCACCUGCUACGGCUAUUACGCGUACUUUAUCAACGAGAACGGUACCAUCCGUUCGGAGCACUGUAUGAAGCUGUACCCGACGUGGAUGAACGACCUGCGGUCGCAUCUUGGACGGUUUCGAUUGCGGGAACUGUUCCUGCCGGGAACGCACGAUUCGGCGUCGUACAAGAAGAACUUCAGCCAUCACAGUCAGGAUAAUAUCGUUACGAAGUACACGCUAACUCAGGAUGAUGAUAUUCGACAGCAGUUGCUGUUGGGAGUUCGGUACAUCGAUCUACGGGUGGGUUACUACCAAUCGGAUCCCUCGAAUCAAUUUUGGGCGAAUCAUGGAAUUUCACGGCUCCAUCCGUUGAAGCACAUUUUGCGACAGGUUCGGGAUUACGCAAUGGAAACGAAGGAGAUUAUCGUGCUGGAUGUGCAGGAAUUUCCGGUUGGAUUUGGGAAGGACUACACGAUUCACGACAAGUUGGUACAUUUGUUGAACGAUUCCCUAGCCGAAGUGAUGGCUGAGUCGAUCCACGGGUGGGGUAUAUCGCUGGAGCAAAUUUGGGCUCGGAAUAAAACCGUCAUCGUGUGCUAUGAUCAUGUGUACGGACUGGGAACUUAUCCGCACUUGGUGUGGCCAUCGACCGAACAGAAAUGGGGCGACGUCCGGAGUAUGGAGGCCCUGAAGAGUUACCUCUUCCGAAUACACAAGCGACCGGUGUUCAGCUAUUCGGGCCGACCAGUAACCGAUAUGGCCGAGCUGACACCGGAUCCGUGGGGUGUGAUUACGGACCGAUACGGCGGACUACGGAAGAUGGCAGAUUCGGUCAACCGGUUCGUGACUAAAUGGUACUUUGAGGAACUUGGUCCGACGGCCAAUAUUGUGGCGGUGGAUUUCGUUCGCGGGACCAGCAUAGUUGAUGCUGCCAUCUACUGGAAUCUAAAGCGAGUUCCUAACUUAUAGUAAGAGCACCUGUUAGAUCAA